UGACCCAGCUUCUGUCCACAACCCGAGCGUCGAGCAACUCCACAGCGAGAUGGAGAUGAAGACCUAGGUCUGGCGGCCGCCCCUCCCCAGAUCCCCCCGCCGACUCGCCGUCUCGACCUCUCCCCAGAUCCCCCCGCCGACUCGCCGUCUCGACCUCUCCCCGGCUCCCCCCGCCGCCUGUUGCUGAGCUCCUAGCCUCCCGCGGUCCCGCUACGAUCCACAUAGAUAGGGGAUUGGGGAACCCUCGCGGAUCGGGAGAGAGGAACGCACGGGGACACCGCCGAUCACGCGAGAGGAAACGCACCGGGCCGCCGCCGCCGCCGCCUCUGUCUGGGUUCAGCGAUCAGUUCUGCCCAUCGAUACCUGUCUUGUAACCAUGAGAGGCAGCAUCUUAUACUCUUCAUUUCGGAGGAUUUCCCAGGGCCACCCACCCAAGUCCAGUGGAUUUCACAGGUCAUCUCCACUGGCUGCUCAGAGGUUUGGGCGGUCCAAAAGAUGGAUUGCUACAUCCGAUGGUUUACCCGGUGAAAAGAUGAUGCUUGUGAAUGAUUUAGUUUGCCCGGUCAAGUAUUUCACGGAGGAAGUUCCACUGCUUGAACCCUUAGACGACAAUAUUCUCUUGAAGACCGUUGGAGGACCCAGAGGAAAGACACUGGUUGCAUGGAAAGCAGGGAAAACCAUCAGAAGUCUGCCAGAGCUGAUUGCAGCAUAUCAAUUGCGUGGAUGUACACUGGGCAACCGUCUCCGGUUAGAGAACUUAAAGAUUUCUCGGUCUUCAGGGAGGUUUGUUCUUAUAGACACUUCAGAAAUUGGUCCAACUGAGAAGAAGGGAAGCUUCAUACAGGACUGGAACCUGGGUGGAGAUGUCCUUGAUACGAUUGCUAGGAGAGUUCUGGGUGUGGGUACCCCUUACCCCAAGGACCUUGAGAAAUACAUCAACAAUAUGCGGUCAGCGGAACCUAAGCUUUGGCGUCUUCUCUACAAUUCAUUGUUUUUAUCCCCAGAAGCCCGCUAUUGGCUAAGAGUCUAUGUUAAUCAGAUGUCCCGAGAAGACUUCAAAUCCCUCUCCAGAGGCAUGAAGCAUAAGAUGCAAAAGUUCUUUGGGGAGCUACCUUAUCAAGGAGGAGAGGAGGAUGAGGGCUCGCUGAAAUGGCUGUCAAAAAACGAGGAAUUCAUCCGUGCUACGCUCGCUGAGUCAAGGAAGGAUGCUCAAAAUAGGGUUACUGGUCCUAACUAUCUGAGCACUGAGGAGGCCAGGAAGAGAGACUUGGGUAGAUGGCUGGUCUGUGUCAACCGCGACGGUUUGACACAUGGGACGAGAACCAAGGCGGAGCACCUGAAAGAUAUCAAAAGAAAUAUGCUCACUGCACAAAACAUAUCGCAGCUGCUACACGUGGAGUUUGAUGAGCUGGACCAGGAAUACAUUGAUCUGUGCGGCGAGGAUAAUGGGCUGCGGGAGCUCCUCAGCAUCGAAGGGAUAUUCUUCGAGACCCCAGAGACCUGGAGGACUGCCAUUGAAGCACUUGAGAAGGAUAUUCAGGCAGUGCGGGAACUAAAAGAGAAGAAUUUGGUGCUGCUGACAUAGGCAUCAACAGCCGAAGCGGUGGUGCUCCAUUUUGUCAGGUUUCUAGGACAAGUGGCUGGAAUGUCAUACUGCUGGUUUGCUUUGUCUUCGAAAUGUUUGGGAUAGUACCACUUUGUUGUCGUUGUAGUGCUGAUAUUUCCUGCUGUAGCUGUUUGUAGGCUGGUUACCUGCAUGUGUUCCUCGAGUUGUCUGAUAACCGGCGCACAUUGUGGUUGCUGCUACUUGCUGCGUUGUGUCUUUGUGUGGUAUCUUACUGGAGUUGAGAUGUUAUCUGUUGCGUUGUGUCUUCGACCUAUUGUAACAGGAAGGCGAGGAGCACAAAGUGCGGUGGUGCUCCAUUUUGUCA